UGAUUGCUUUAAUCUCGACUGAAGAUAGCAAAACAAUAAAACUGAUGAUAGUACUUUUGACAAAAUCUCUCCAAUAAAAAGAGAGCCACCGAAGAGAAAAGUUCUUCUAUUUGUUACCUUUGAUUUGAAACAAUGGGAUUAAAAUCAAUCACAUUUCUAAUUUUAGUGUGUGUUUUGGCUGUACACGUGCAACAUUCCUUUGCCAUUGUGUCCACACCACAAGUUGUGACAAAUGAGGAUGACUUGUUUCCAGUAUCUAUAAUUCACAUUAAUGAUUUUCAUGCCAGGUUCGAAGAGACGAAUGAGCAAGCAACGAGUUGCAAACCUGGUGAGAAAUGUAUUGGUGGCUAUGCACGUGCGGUGACUGCAAUCAAACAAUUGCAGGCCAUCCGUCCAAAUCCAAUUUUCUUGAAUGCUGGCGAUAAUUUUCAGGGCACUCUUUGGUAUUCAUUCGGUCGAUGGAACGUGACGAAACAAUUUUUGAAUAUGUUAAAUGCUGAUGCAAUCACACUUGGAAAUCAUGAAUUCGAUCAUGGUGUACCUGGUGUAGUUCCAUUCAUGGAGUCUUUGGAAUCGCCGACAAUCGUGGCAAACAUUGAUGAUACCGACGAGCCAACAUUUCAAGGAAAAUACAAGCCAUCAAUCAUCAUCGAUCGCUAUGGACGAAAAAUCGGAGUGAUUGGUAUCAUUGUGAGCGAUGUUGACGAAAUUUCAAAUACCGGAAAAUUGCGUUUCUACAAAGAAGAAGAGGCAAUAAAACGCGAAGCAACUAAGUUAAAACAACAAGGUGUUGAUAUCAUCAUCGUUUUGUCGCAUUGUGGAUUGGACGUUGAUUAUCGAAUUGCGAAAGAAGCAGCUCCGUUCGUAGAUGUGAUCGUUGGCGGUCACUCACACACAUUCAUGUACACGGUAGGAGAGGGUGAAACCGCCCCUGGACCAGACAUCGUCAAAGAUGUGUAUCCAGCCGUUGUUAAAAACGGCGAUGGUCAUACGGUGCUAAUCGUUCAAGCCUCCGCUUAUAUUAAGUACGUUGGCGAUAUCACCGUUUAUUUCGACAAACAAGGAAAUGUUGCCAAAUGGGAAGGACAGCCGUUUUAUUUGGAUAACCACAUUAAACCAGACGAAGAGGUAUUGAAAGCGAUUCAACCUUGGAAGGAAAUUAUCGAUGCAAAAGGUCAGCGAAUCGUUGGAAAAACAAAAGUGACACUGCUGAAUACGCCAUGCUCGAUGCGGGAAUGCAACUUAGGGAAUUUUGUCGCUGAUGCUCUUGCGCACUACUAUAUUACCGAAUUAACGGGUAAAAAUGAAGGGGCAUGGCUUCAAUCGGUCAUUGCGCUUGUUCCAACCGGUGCUAUUCGAACCACUUUGAAUAAGGGUUCAAUAUCCUACAAUGAUUUAGCCACGACCGUACCGUUUGAAAAUUCCAUCGAUACAUUUGAGCUCCAAGGCGAACAUUUGAAAACUCUCUUCGAAUAUGUUGUCAAAGGGUCAUGGCAAACAACUGAAUUUGAUGGAAAAUAUUUCACUCAAGUUUCCGGAAUGAGAGUAGUGUACAAUAUGACAAAUGAAGAGAUGAAUCGUGUGGUUUCAAUCGAGGUGAUGACAGUACAAGACACCGAUCAUACACCCAAAUACGAACCAUUGAAUCCAACAAAAUAUUAUAAAUGUGUGUCGAGCAGCUUCUUGGCCGAUGGAGGCGAUGGCUUUGAAAUGAUUAAAAAAUACAAACGAAAUCAUACGAGAGGCAAUAUUGACAUUGAUGUGGUGAUUAAAUAUAUGGAAGAUCGUAAAAUCAUUUAUACCAAACUAGAAGAUAGAAUCAAAUUUAUCGAUUGAGCCAAUUUAAAUCAAUUCUAUUUCGAAUUUGAAGCGAGAAAAAAAACUAAAAUCAAGUUUUCGUUUUUCGUAUAGUAAUAGUAAGAUAAUAUGAACGCGUGAGAAUAAAAGACUGACGGUAGCAGGUUUUUCGCAAAAGCGGGAUAAAAAUCAGUUGCACGCAAAAGAGACAUUUCAAAAGGUUACACGUAAACGGAACAUUUUAUUUUGUCGCAUUUUGAAUUUUAAAGCCGUGAUUACAACAACAAUAUACUUCUCUCUUGCGUGCAACCUUUUGAAAUGUCUCUUUUGCGUGCAACUGAUUUUUAUCCUGCUUUUGCGAAAAACCUGGUAGCGUCAGUCUUUUAUUCUCACGCGUUCAUAUAAUAAUAUUCAAAGAGAUAAAAUGCAAAAGGUUAACGUUGCAUUUCAGCUAUGACAAAUCAUUGUAGAUGAAGACGAAGUAAAAGUCCUUGAUUGUUGUUUCAUAAUUAUGAAUGUGAAACCAAUUGGACAAUGUAAAAUGUAACUUUAGAGUCAAAUUUAGCAUUUAAAUAAAAAUGUUCAACUAAUUCAUGUUUUGGAGGGGCUUUUUUCACCGCUAUUUAAUAGAUAAGUUUUACAAUGAUCAUCGUUAACGAUCACAAACUAUUCCAAUUUUGACUACGACCGUCAAACAUUUAACGCACAUUUUUUUAGAUCAGUUUUUGUUAUACCGCCUUUUGAAUCUUUUCUCGAUAUUUUGAGGCUUAAGCCAACUUUAUUGUGAGAAAUUGGAUACUGGGAAAAAAAAUUCACCAGAGAAAAACGUGAAAAAAGACCAAAUAUUUUUCAAAGAAAAAAAAAACGAUUGAAAUGUCCACAAAACUCGUUACAAUUGUUUUAUUUCUGUGCAUGUGUUCAGUUGCGUUCGGUGCCGUUGGAAUGUCGUUUCGUUCAGUGCAUCCGGAUCAUCCGCGGCAAUGUUGGGAUGCUAAGACGAAUUCAGUCUAUUCGGUUGGCGUGAGUUAUCCGAGAGGAGAGUGUAAACGUGUAAUUUGUGGCUCUGACUACUCCAUGCUCACAUUCACAUGUGAUAAGACAAGUGUAUUAUCUGGUUCAGACUAUCGGUUUGCACCGUUUCGUGUGUCGAAGCAAUUCCCAGAUUGUUGCCCUAAUUAGAUUAGGAAAAUGUGUCGAAAACACAAUUUUUGUUGCAUGUCAAGAACAAAAAGUGUUGAGAUUUCUUUUUAUUGUCUAUUUAUUUAUUGAAAUAAACUGUUGUUAGCCAAAGUUUCUGUUCUUAUUAUUCAUGAAUUAAAUCAGACUGCAAGCGAUGAAUUUAUACGAAAUAUUUUCUUUG